CUGAUUAGCAGAUUGGUUUAGAUGGGACUGCUUGUUGCAAGUGUUACAAGUUCUUAAAAUGUUUCAGCCAUUCACACUUUCAUCACUAUCAAAAUGCAUGUGCUACUCAUACUUUGCUGCAUCAAGCACUUUUUAAGUAUUGUAGUUUCUUUAGAAAUAGUUUCAUCAUGAUUGAUAGUAUCAGAGAAUCUUUAACCAGUGAGAAUUACUUAAGUUCUUCAGGGUCCUCCUCUGCCGCUUCCCUGUCUGGGGGCAGUGUUCGCGCCAGCAUCCUGAGGGCCGGCAGCGUGUACGGAGGAGCAGGUGGUGCUGGGGUCCGCAUCUCGGGUGCGUCCCGCAUGCUCACCUUGGGUGGUGGCGCUGGAGGUGGAGCUGGCUUCGGCCUGGCCGCUGGAGGUGGAGCAGGUUUUGGCCUGGCUGCUGGCGGUGGAGCUGGUUUUGGCCUGCUGGCCUUGAGUGGAGCAGCUGCUGUCAGUGGGAAGUUCGCCAUGCAGAACCUGAACGACCGUCUGGCCGCCUACCUGGUGAAGGUGUCGACCCUGGAGAAGGCCAACGCUGGGCUGGAGCUGAAGAUCAGACAGUUCCUGGACAGCAAGACCACUGUCGAGGCCCACGACUACAGGGCCUAUAUGACGGUCAUUUCUGAACUGCAGGCAAAGAUCCAAGCCCUCCUGACCAUCAAGGGCAGCGUUCACCUGACCAUUGACAAUGCUCAACUGGCUCUGGACGACUUCAAACUCAAGUAUGAGAAUGAGCUCUCUAUUCGUCAGACGGUGGAGGCUGAUGUUGCGGGCCUCAAAGCAGUCCUUGGGGACCUAGUCAGUGCCAAUAAUGAUCUGACAGCACGUAUGGCCGGGUAUCAGGAGGACCUGGCCGUUCUCAAGAAGGACCACGCAGGAGACCUGCUUGCCCUGCGUGCACAGAUUGGCCACAAGGUGAAUGUUGAGGUGGAUGCCGCACCCCAAGGGGACCUCAUGGCAGUCCUGGCUGGAGUUCGGGAGCACUACGAGGCUGUGGCUGCCAAAAACAGGAAGGAACUGGAGGCAUGGUUCCAUGCUAAGACGGAAAGCCUGAAGACGGCGGUGACCACCAGCACUGCAACCCUGCAAGUCAGCAGCUCUGAGAUGACCACCAUGAAGAGCACUCUUCAGACUCUCCAGAUCGAACUCAUGGCCAUCACUGGCCAGAAAGCUUCCCUGGAGACCUCGCUGGCUGAGAAAAAGAUGCGUUUUGCCGCCAUGCUGGCCGGUUUCCAGUCUCAGGUGACCAGCCUUGAGGCCCAGCUGGCUCAGCUGCGCGCAGGCCUGGAGACCCAGAGCGCUGACUACCAGCUCCUCCUGGACAUCAAGACCAAACUAGAGAUGGAGAUCGCACAGUACAGCAGACUGCUGGAAGGAAAUUUCAGUGCUGCCGCGGCCGCAUCAUCAUCAUCCAGCACCAGGACCAAGUUCGUCACCGUUACGGAGGAAUUGGUUGAUGGGAAGGUUGUGUCAUCCUCAGCUUCCAAUUCAUCUUACAUUCCUCGCCUCAGCUAAAUGUACAGUACACACAGAUGUGGCAGCACAUUUGAAAAUGAAGGAGAAAAGAA